CGUUGUGGAUUUGUUUAAUUAUCGUGUUAGAUCAUGGAUUUUGUGAACAAUGGACAUUACCAGCUGGCUUGUACGCGAUACUUUGAACUAACACACAAAGGAUCAACAGUUGAUCAGGCCAUUAACCACCCAAACCAAUACUUUGAAGAAAGCCAGAAAGUGAAAUCUAAUUUGUCUACGAAGACAGAAGAUAAAAGCAUUGUGAGCUCUUCUAAACUGACCACAGUGAAGUCUGUAAUGUAUCCAGGUGUUAUUAAACGAGAAAUGGAAGAGGUUGACAAGAUGGAACUUACCCAAGAUGAUAUGGAUGCUCUUAUGAAAGCAGCCCAAGAAACUUCAGGAAACUGUUUCUUGUAGGAGAAGAAUUCUGUGAGUCGCAGACAAGUAACUUGUAUUUUAAGUUGUAAUAAUAAAGUUGUUAUAUCACUUUCAGGAUUACUUAUCAUGCUAUACAGUUUGAACUAUAUCAUAUACAAUAACAAUAUAGGUUUCAUGGGAGGUGUGACUAUAUGAACUACAUAAUGUACUGCUAUAAUACAAGUAUGAUACAUAAAAUGUUGAUACUGUGAACUACAUAAUGUACUGCUAUAAUACAAGUAUUAUACAGAAAAUGUUGAUACUGUGAACUACAUAAUGUACUGCUAUAAUACAAGUAUGAUAUAGAAAAUGUUGAUACUGUGAACUACAUAAUGUACUGCUAUAAUACAAGUAUGAUAUAGAAAAUGUUGAUACUGUGAACUACAUAAUGUACUGCUAUAAUACAAGUAUGAUAUAGAA